AUAUAUAUACAUGUUGUAUGUCUUACAUUGUGCUGUCUUACAGCUCCUCUUUCUUUCAUUCUCUCUCUGCCCACUUAUUUUCUCUCUCUUCAUCUCGAGGAGAGAGAAAACCCCAUUUCAUAUAAGCUUCACUUCAUCAUUUUUCAUCAGAUAGCUAUCAAGAAAGGUUUUUAGUAUUUUUGAUUAGAAAAGAAAAUGGGGAAGCCAAUUGGGAAGAAAAAGAUUGCAGAAGGGAAUGUGAAGAAUAACAAGGUUUCGGAUCGAAAUUCGAAAUUAUUUGAUGAAGACACUGCUGUAUUCAUUAAUUUGUCGCAAGAAUAUAAGGAAGAAGGAAAUAUUUUGUUUCAAAAGCAUGAUUAUGAAGGCGCUAUUUUGAAGUAUGAAAAGGCUCUUAAUUUGCUUCCGAAGAAUCAUAUUGAUAUUGCGUAUUUACGGAGUAAUAUUGCUGGUUGUUUUAUGCAAAUGGGUUUAGCUGAGUUUCCAAGAGCGAUAAAUGAAUGUAAUCUGGCACUUGAAGUUGCACCCAAGUAUAGUAAAGCUUUGUUGAGGAGGGCUAAGUGUUAUGAGGGUUUAAAUAGGCUUGACUUGGCUUUGAGAGAUGUUAAUUAUGUUUUGAGCAUGGAACCAAAUAAUCUUUUAGCAUUGGAAAUCAUGGAUAAGCUGAAAAAGACUUUCGAGCAGAAAGGUUUGUCAAUUGAAGACAAAGAAAUGGUUUUGCCUACUGAAUAUGUGGAACCUAAUGUAAACAGGGCUUGGAAAGAUAAUAGGAAAAAGAAGGGAAGACAGCAGACUAGUAAACAGCAGCAGAACAGGACUAAGGAAAAAGAAGCAAAGAUUAAGAAUAAGGAUGUGAAAGUUGAGGAUAAGAAGAGUGAAGAUAUUGAGAAGAAAAUGCCAGAGGUUAAGGUUGUUGUGGAUGAGAAGGUUAGCCCUAUGGAGGACAAAAUGGUGACAAAACCUGUGAAAUUGGUAUAUGGAGAGGAUAUAAGGUUUACACAGUUGCCGGUGGGAUGUGGCAUUCGACUGGUGAGGGAAGUAGUUCAAGAUCGAUUCCCUUACAUAAAGGGUGUACUCAUUAAGUAUAAGGACCCAGAAGGUGAUUUGAUCACAAUCACAACCACUGAUGAAUUGAGGUUAGCUGAAGCAUCAGCGGGUGCAAUUGGUUCGUUGAGGCUAUACAUUGUGGAAGUGAGUCCAGAGAAAGAGCCUGUUUAUGAAAGAAUGGAUGAUGAAGCUGAGUUGGAAAAUCUCAAUAGUAAACCGAGUAAUGGUGAAGGUAAUGGUGGUGUUGAUAAAGUGAAAGAAAUCGAGAACGCACCAAGUUGUGUGGAAGACUGGAUUGUCCAGUUUGCACGGCUCUUUAAAAAUCAUGUUGGCUUUGAUUCAGAUUCAUAUUUGGAUCUUCAUGAGCUAGGGAUGAAACUUUACUCUGAAGCUAUGGAGGAGACUGUUACGAAUGAAGAUGCCCAAGGACUUUUUGAAACGGCAGCAGACAAGUUUCAAGAAAUGUCUGCUUUGUCCUUGUUCAAUUGUGGAAAUGUUCACAUGAACAUGGCAAGGAAGCGUGUAUUUUUCGGAGAAGAUAGUUCCACUGAUACCAUAAUGACACAAGUGAAAAUUUCAUAUGAAUGGGCAAAAAAGGAAUACAAGAUGGCAGGAAUGAAGUACGAAGAAGCUCUACAAAUACAAUCAGAUUUUUAUGAAGCUCUUCUUGCACUAGGAUUGCAACAGUUUGAGCAAGCAAAGCUCUGUUGGUAUUAUGCAAUAGGCAACAAGAUUGAUCUGAAAACUUGGCCUUCGAUAGAGGUGCUGGACUUGUACAAUAAGGCUGAAGACAGCUUGGACCGAGGCAUGCAGAUGUGGGAAGAGCUGGAGGAACAACGUUUAAACGGUCUGUACAAAGCGGAUAAAUACAAAAUUGACUUGAACAAAAUGGGGUUGAAUGGUCUAGUUAAAGAGUUAUCUGCAGAUGAAGCAGCAGAGCAGGCUGGAAACAUGGGAUCCCAGAUAUACCUAUUAUGGGGUACUGUACUGUAUGAGCGCUCCAUUGUGGAAUUUAAGUUGGACUUGCCUACUUGGGAAGAAUGUCUGGAGGUGGCAGUUGAGAAGUUUGAACUUUCCGGAGCAUCUCAAACAGAUAUAGCUGUAAUGAUAAAGAAUCACAUCUCCAAUGGAGAGGCCCUGGAAGGUUUCGGGUUUAAAAUUGAUGAGAUUAUUCAGGCAUGGAAUGAGAUGUAUGAUGCAAAAAGAUGGCAGACUGGAGUUCCUUCCUUUCGUCUAGAACCAAUGUUUCGCCGUCGGGUGCCAAAGCUUCAUUCUGUAUUGGAGCAUGUUUCAUUGUUUUGCACAACUGAUGAUUCUACAAAAUAGUGGGGCAAGCAUCAGUAUUUUCCUUUUUUGCUGCAAAGUUAUGUUUUAUUUGAAACAGGUAUGCUUGAUUGUUGUAUAUCCACGGAUGUUUGCUUUUGGAAGCAAUAUACACAUUGUUUGUUGUGAUUAUUUUGGAUGGAGAGCAAGGUAUAAAUCAUCUGCAGCCACAUCGUAUUCAUAUAGUUUGAUUAAAUAUUUGGGAUUCAUUCUGGCCAGGCCACAGAAAGGGGUCAGGAUUAGGCACCAAUUCUUUUGUAUACAGUUUCAUAUAUCAAUUAUACGGUCUGUUCACAUUGUCAUCAUUUAUUGUGUAAAGUUGAACGGUUUGUCAUUCAUUGAGGGUUGAUAUGUAUUGCACAUAAAACAGUUUCUGGGUAUCAUUUUGUUCGAAUUUCAAUCUGGGAAACUAGAAUAUAUGGACUUGUUUGUA